AUGCCAGAUCUCUCGAUUUUGAAAUCUCCUGCUCCGUACCAUAUCAUCACAUAUGGCACCUUGCUGGGCACCCAAUUCUUUCAGAGCUUUAUCGGAGGCAUAGUUGCCUUUAGGACGCUCUCACGGCCCCAGUUCGCGGCCUUGCAAGCCAAGAUAUUCCCCAUCUACUUCGGCCUCCAGACCGCGCUUCCAGCCAUCCUCGCCGUAACAUAUCCCGGUGCGAGAUCUCCACGGGGCACGGCUUCGGGUCUGCAAGGAACCUUUGCGGAGGUGAAUCGAUGGAGUGUCCUGGCGCCUCUCGCCACUAUGUUCGUCGCGGGCCUCGCGAACCUGCUCGUUAUUGGGCCCACGACUACGAAAAUCAUGGCGGAGCGGAAACAACAAGAGGUGAAAGAUGGGAAGAAGUCCUAUGAUCCUGCCCCGCAUUCAAAGGAGAUGCUGAAGUUGAACCAGGCCUUUGGUAGAAUCCACGGCAUUUCAUCAUUGGUGAACCUGGUGAGCUUCCUUUCGACUGUGGUGUAUGGAUUCCAUCUUGCUGGGAGGCUUGAAUAGACGGCUAUGAACAGCCAUCCUGCAGCAUUGUUUUGUAUUGUAUAUAGAUCGAACUUUACAUGACGCUCGCUAUGUUUUAAUAUCCUAUACGGGGUCUGUACCUUUGUCUAGUGGGUAAGAACAAACUUCCUUAUUUGGCUACUAUCAAGUUCGGCCUGGCAUGCUCUGUCAAGUCCCAACUCAGCAACAAGACCAAACAAUCAUAGCCCCAUGAUCCCUUC